AUGUGGAGAAUGCAAGAAGGCAGGACCGUGUCGCCUCUAGGACCGAUCGUCCUACCGCGGGAAGAGGCCGACAUGCGUGCUAGUCUAUCACUGCCGCCGCAGGAGAGGAGGCCCGUGUUGCUCGUACGUACCGGCGAGUCCUUCCCGAGGUACGACGGCAUGCGACAGCAGCAGUCGCCGUCGAGCUCGCCGAUCCUGCGAUCCGUCACCGCCGUUGACAAGGAUCAGUACCAUGAGAUAGAUCAAGGCAGGGAGAAGAGGCCGAACGAUGCCGAGGAGGCAGAAGAGCAGGAGGAUGAGGAAGAGGACGAUGCCGACGACGAGCGAAACACGCCGGCCGGAAGAAACGUCAUCGUGGACGACGAGGACGACGAAGAGCAGGAAGACGAAGAAGAGGAGGAGGACGAUGGUCGAUCCGAGAGACACCGAAACGGCAGCUAUCACGAAGACGGUGACGUCGAAGUCGACGUGUGUCGGGAGGACGGCGACGAGAGCAACCCCAGUAGCCCGGUAGACCUCACGGCACCCUCGUCGAGAGGCGUCGCAUCCGAGCAGUUCGUACAUCCGUUCGCCAAUCGCGGGGUGCAUCCUUUCACUUGUGUACAAAGUGGUGGGCCCGCCGGCCACGGAACGUCAGUGUAUAUAUCCGGACAUGGCGCUACCGGCUCGGCCGUCAUGACGGUGUGCACUUCCGGUAACGUGGCGCGCACCACCACCGGCACGUCGACAGGUAGCAUCACCACGACCGCUACCAGCACGGUGCAGACAAACAACAAGCGGUGCCUCGCAUUCUCCGUUGAGAAUAUUCUCGACCCGAACAAGUUUACCGGUGGCCGCAUCGUCCAUAAUCGCGUGCAGCAUCGCCGACAUCGACGCGCCGGCAGCGUGCACGAAGACGGCGACUCGCGGGGCGAAUUCGCCUGCGGCAGCGGCCAAGAAGAUGAGGAAGGUACACCGGACACCGUCAUGGAGGAGAUGGAGGAGGAUGUCGAGGAGGAGGACGAAGACGAGGAGAUUGAGAUGCGGGUGGUGGAUCAGGAUUCUGAAAGCGUCGGGCGGGAGAAUACGACCAGCGGCGGCACCAACACAACCGCGACAAACUGCAAGAAGCGGCAAUCCUCGUCAUCGUCCACCUCGUCGAGCGGCGUCCAGGUACAAAACUGUCAAAGUCAGAGUCAGAACAGUCAAAACGGCACUGGCGGUGGUGGCGGGAGCGGCGGAGGUAGCAGUAACGCCAGCGGUAAACCCAGAAGAGCGCGAACGGCCUUCACGUACGAGCAACUGGUUAGGCUGGAGAACAAGUUCAAGACUACGAGAUAUCUAUCCGUGUGCGAGCGAUUGAAUCUGGCGCUUGAGCUUCAACUGACCGAGACCCAAGUGAAGAUCUGGUUCCAGAAUCGGCGGACCAAAUGGAAGAAACAGAAUCCGGGCCUGGACGUCAACAGUCCCACGGUGCCAACGACGCCGCCGCAUCCGUCGCCGUACGCACCUGCCUUCCUCUUCGCCGCGCAUCCGCAUCAGCAUCCGUUGCCGCACUCGCACACGCAUCCGCACCCGCACGCCCACGUACACCACCCGCCGCCGCCGCCGCCGCCCGGCUACUAUCACCCGGCGGCCCCACCUUACCCACCGACCGGACCGACCUUCUUCGGCCAUCAUCUGUCAGCGACUCCUGCUGCGACUGCGUCGGGACCACCGCCGACCUCUACACCUUCCUCUACCGGCCUAACCCUCACGUCUCAUCCGCAUCCGCACACGCACCCGCACGCGUAGCGAACUCACAGGCGAUGAUAGCCUGCGUCAGCGUCCUCGCCUUCGUAGUCCACGGCAAGGAAACGGCGGGUUCGUGUGAGUACUUUCGGUCGCGACGAACAAAAGUACUAGGGAAGGAACAAGGGUAGAUUGUCGUGCGUUUAUAAUUUAUCGAUAUCAUCAUCGUUGGUUGAUUCUCCAAUUUGUUGUUUUUCGGUGAAUGUUUAUUCAUAGUAUAUAUA